UACCAAGAAUUAAAGAUGCAUUUGCAUAAAGAGAUGCAAAAUAACAUGCUGUUGUUGUGCCUUGCGAAAUAGUGUGUUUCUGUAAUUUCAAUUUCGGUCACGUUUAAUUUAAAACGUAUACAAAAAAUGCGUUCGCCCAUGUUUUUAAUAAUAUUAGAAUUAAACUUACUACAACUGCGUCAAAUACUUUAUCAGAAAAGAUUUCAUCUUUGUAUUUUCUUUCUAAAGGGAAUGUAUAAGUAUCCAACCAAUCCAAAAGCUGUUUAUCAUAUCCAAUUCCUAGAUUAGGAAGUUGCACUGCAUGAGUGUGACAAUCAAUAAAUCCAGGUACUAAAAAUUGACUUUUAGAGAGAACAGUUACAUUCUCAUUUUUGGUAUCAAUCGAUUUUGGAUUCACCACUAUAUUGCAAAUCUGAAAGUUAAAAAACAAAUUAUACUUCACGUGUUACAUUACAAAUAAAAGAGAAUGAAGAAAUAUCUAUAUCAGGCUUAAAGUUUCAUUUAUCGUGCCCAUUGUAUUUAAAAAUAAUUAAUUGAUAGAUACCACUCCAUUCUUCACAUAUAUAGCACCAUGAUCGACGGUAAUCAAUUCGCCAGCUUCGUUGGUAUGAGCAAACGAACCGACAAAUAUAUGUUCUUCGGACAUCGACUGCAUUGUCAAAAAUCGUCUUGAUGCUAGAAAUUUCAGAUGGUGACAAAUUGUUAACAUCAGCGUUUAAAAUUCUGCUCGCUACAUUAACAAUUAUUACGCGAUCGCUGCGAUUGUUUUCGAUCGCGACGUUAUACAUAAAUUUAUUAUUAUAUUAUAAUAUUAUAUUUAUUUUAUUUAUUAUAUUAUUAUUUUAUUUAUUAUUAUAAUAUUAUAUAUUUGCGUGAUUUCUAAAAAUUAAAGUAUUCUUACCAACGUUGGAUAUUGGAUGAAUUGUUUUAUAUUAUACUAGUGAUCUAUUUCGCGACAACAGUUUCGGGACCACAACAACGGCGCGUAGAUUGUACUUCAGAUCUCGACUUUUUGUGCUCCUUAAAUUUUUUAUUUAGGAAUGCCUCGUCUUGAGUUCGUCUCCUAGUAUAUAUACUGAUAUUGACUAAGAAGAGAAAAAGAGAAAGAGAAAGCUCUCGGAUGGCUAUCCUGUCGAUAAGCGCGGGAACGAACCCUUGGAAUGUAAACAAUUGACUCGAAAACAAUCGAUUUACUGUAGAUAUUAAAAGACAGCCUUGAUAACGGGGUUGGUCAUCGGACACCAAGAAACACGAUAAGGUAUGGUAACGAAGAUUCUAUCGAUUUAACACACGAUUUAAAAUCAAAGUCUGCCAGCUGCAUGCGAAAGCACGUCCACAAUAAGUGACCUUCCGAAGUGUUUCCCGGUUACGAUUACAAUUGAAGCCAUGAGUUCUAAAAAAGACCAAAAAUCUGAUAGUGCGAGAAAGUCAGAUAAAAUGAUAGAUACGCAUAGAGAGUUUUUAGAUAUGGAUACCGAUGAGGAAGACUUUGGAAGGCAAGAGUCACCCGAACUUGAAGAAGAGCUGCCUCCAGAACCAGAAAAGCCAGUAUUUGCCGAGGAAGACUUGUUAAGAUUAGUGAAACACGUGAAACAUCUGUCGAUAUUCUCCGAUUCCGACGAUGAUAAUUGGGACGAGAAUUGUGACCGAACGAUACGAGAAUACUUCGAAAACCCGUCGAACGUAUUGCUGUCGAUAUUCCGUGACGGAGACAGGCUGACCGCCGUUUUGAAUUUUCCGGAAGUGGCGCCGAAAGGGUUCAUGUAUUUCUUAAGGUCGCCGUGGCAAAUGUGCACGGUGGACAAUUUUUUCGAAACCGUAACACUCGGAAGCGUUUCCGGGAAUGUCAUGAACUCCGUCUGCAAAUUCAUGGAGAACGUUUACGCGCCGAUUCUGCUUCACACCGACGACUAUACGUCGUUCGUGAAAGAUGAAGUGUUCUCGAAUUUCCACGAGCUCGGUAUUCGUUUGACCGAGGAGAUUUACAAGGCGAAGGGUUUGACCACGUUGUACGUGCCGAAGGAAAAUCUGAGAACGUUUCUAGAGCCGACCAGCAGAAUCGAUUGCUUUCUACUGGGAGAAGAUCGAACAACGAUUCUUCCGGAGGAAGACGAGAAAAAACGUAAGAUUGUCGACAGAUUGGAGAAGAUAGUUUGCUCCUGGAUCGUCCAAAUACAUAAAACUACGGUGACAUCGUCGAAUAGAGAAAGAAUUGAAUGUAUGCAGGACGAAAUCGAUUACUGGAAAUCGAAGCACGAUGCUGAGAACGCUAUAACGGAAGUGUUGCUUUUGAUAUUGUUUAUUUGGACGGAGGCGCCGUUUUAUAACAACACGGACAAUAUAGAAACACUUUGUCAAGCGUUCAGUUCGCAGAUAAUAUUCCAGUGCAAAGAUUACGUUAAGAUAGAUGCUGUUUUCGGAAGUGAUCCGGGAGAGGGGAAGAAAAUGUUGGAGAAAUGUAUAUAUUGUUGUAAUAUUUACGAAACAAUUUAUGACAAUCUGAUGACGAACGUGGUCACGCAUAUUAAUCCCGAUAAGAAAUGGAACAUCAGCGAAGAGAAGGUUUUCAACAAAAUUGACACUUUCAAACAGAGAUGUUACUGCGUGAUUGAAAUCUGCGAUUCGUUAGCGAUAUUUGGAAGACACAACAGAAUAGGAUUGCUCGGAGGCCCAAGAGGAAUCGAGUACGAAGCGUACUGGCAGGAAAUAGAAAAUUUAUUUUACGAAAGUUUGAACGAAAUUAGGGCGGAUUGUGACGUUAUAUUCGACAGUAGGAGGUCCGGUUGGUUGAAAAAGAUCGAACAGUUCAGAUGCGUAGUCCGUCAACUGGAGAACAUGGUGAUAAAUUUAAUCAACGAGAUAUUUAAAAACGUGAAGAAUGUGGACGAAGGCAUCGAGGCGAUUUAUGCGUUACAGAAAUUUCAGGAGAGAGAAACUUUCAGAGAACUAUUGCAAAACAAAUGGUUGCAGGUGUGGAAAAUCUUUAGCAACGAAAUAGAAUAUUGUCACACUUAUGUGAUAAACGUAACAAAGGAAUGGGAAGAAUCGGCAGAAAAGACUGACAUUGGCGCGAAUAUGUUGUGCGUCUCGUCGUAUUUGGAAAGCCAAUGUACUGUAAUGAAGAAUGCAAUGGAUUGGAUAGGGGAUUGUGCUAUCGAGAAGUGCACAUUGCAACAAUAUAAACAUGUAUUAAAUGUAAUUGACGAGAGAAGAAAGAUGUUUAACACUUACAGUACACAUGGAACACAGUAAUGAGGACUGGUAAGUUGUGUUCGAGUAAUCAUCAAGAAGAACAAGUAACUUUAUGAGAUAGAAAGAAUGAUCCGAAAUUAAUACAUGCACUCCGUGUAAUGAAUUCUUCUCGUUACAUUAAUAAGAAAAAAAAAUUAUAUUGCUAUAUGUAGAUUUGGACGAGGUACUAUAUGUAUGUUCAUAACAUCUUUGUUAUGUCGGGUUUUGCGUUCGAUAUAAAGGAAUUUGUAAAUAGAUCGUUGAGAGUUUGCACUAGUUUAUUCAAUGUCACGCAUAAUUUUACCCAUUGAUUCUUUAAUAUUUUCUGUAGUAUGAAAAUUUAUAUGAUUUUUACAUUUUUCGAAUUUCUGACUGUCUUAUAUAAUACAAUUAUGUGUCGUUAUUAUACUCUCCGGUAUUAAUACUCGCAUCGCUCUACGCAUUCUCUUCUUUUUUUUUCGUGUUUAAAAUCUUAAUUGAUGUAGCAUACAUAAAUCUUUUAAACAUUUGUAUUAUAUGAAUUUCUUCUUUUUCGAUCAUCCUGCCUUUCCUUCAAUAGUGUAAAAAUAAAAUUUGUAAUAUGAUUGGCAUAGGAUGAGAGAGAAAUCUUAGAUGGCACUUUAAACAUUGUGAGGUAUUUGAAUAGUAAAUAAAAUAGAUACUAUACUUUA